AUGGAAUAUUGGAAAAGACAAGCAGGGUAUGUUGCUUAUGCUGAUUUCAUGAAUGGAAGGACGACAUUUACACAAAUAACCCCUGAACUAGUAAGAGUCACGGGCCAGGUAAACACUGGAAUGACCGAUCCGGAUCCAAAAAAUUAUAAAAUACGUAUAGUAUAUCGUCCAAGUUGUCCUGCUUUCAUACGUCAUUUGGAUUUAACUCCAAAAUUGAUAUAUUCCAUUAAUGUUCCUGGAUCUUCAGCUUACGAAGCCGAUUUUGAUGCCUUUACUGUGCUGGAAAUUAUUGGAAUGUACAUACAAGUUGUUCACACUUCUCAAGGAGUAAUUGGAUAUGGACAAAUUAUUGGAAUUUAG